AUGGCAACAUAUGAUUGUGGAUGUGGACCUCUCUCAGACAGUGAUGCAGCUCUCUCAAAUGAUCAUGGACCUCUCUCAGAUAACAGUAACUCAGACUCUACUGGGGAUCAUCCAUUUGAGAAGUUAGGGACCGACCCUGACAUUGACUCCACACCAACUUCAACAGAGCUCCCACAGCAGCAUGUCUAUGAGGAGGAGGUUCUCACUGACCAGCAGCUCUGUGACCAGGAGAGGAACUCAAGUCUGGACCAAGAGGAACCAGAGCCUCCACAGAUUCAAGGGGAACAAGAGCCUCCACAGAUUAAAGAGGAACAAGAGGAACUCUGCACCAGUCUAGAGGGAGAACAGUUGGUACUGGAGCAGGAGACAGAAACCUUGAUGUGGACUCCUACUUUUGAGGGAAGUGAAGAUCAGAUUCUGGACUUGAGUCCUGAUGAAACUCAGAUUGCGGCAGAGGAAGAGCAAGUUGUCAGUGGGUCACUUGAAAGCUUUGUGUAUCUAGAACCAAACAGUGACGACCAGCUCCUCUCUCACAACUCUCAUGUAGCUGAGAACCAACAUCACGAAGGAGGCAAACAUGGAGACUCAGGAUCAACUAGAAAUGCAAAACCAACACCACAGAAGAAACAUGACACUAACAAUGAAGACAAGUCCACCACUCCAAAGAUUCGUAGUGCUAUAUUUAAAUGUGACACUUGUGAGAAAAGUUUUGUGUUCAAGUCCAUGUUGCUCAGACAUCAGAGAGUCCAUACAGGUGAGAAGCCAUACUCAUGUGAGGUUUGUGGGAAAAGAUUCUUUGAGCACGGCCCUUUAAAAGGGCACAUGAGAGUCCAUACAGAGCUCCCACAGCAGCAUGUCUGUGAGGAGGAGGAGGUUCUCACUGACCAGCAGCUCUGUGACCAGGAGAGGAACUCAAGUCUGGACCAAGAGGAACCAGAGCCUCCACAGAUUAAAGAGGAACAAGAGGAACCAGAGCCUCCACAGAUUAAAGAGGAACAAGAGGAACUCUGCACCAGUCUGGAGAGAGAACAGCUGGUACUGAAGCAGGAGACAGAAACCUUGAUGUGGACUCCUACUUUUGAGGAAAGUGAAGAUCAGAUUCUGGGCUUGAGUCCUGAUGAAACUCAGAUUGUAGCAGAGGAAAAGCAAGUUGUAAACGUGUCAGUACAAACAAUUAAAAGCUCUGUGUAUCCUGAACCAGACAGUGACAACCAACUCCUCUCUCACAACUCUCAUGUAGCUGAGAACCAACAUCACAAAGGAGGCAAACAUGAAGACUCAGGAUCAACUAGAAAUGCAGAACCAAAACCACAGAAGAGACAUCACAGUAGAGAAAAUUGUAAGAAUGAAGACAAGUCAACCACUUCAAAGAUUCACAGUAAUACUUUUACAGGGAAACAGCGUUUUAAAUGUGACACUUGUGGGAAAUCUUUUGGGUCUAAGUCCAGUUUGCUCAGACAUCAGAGAGUCCAUACAGGUGAGAAGCUGUAUCCAUGUGACAUUUGUGAGAAAAGAUUCUCUGACCCAGCUAGAUUAAAAGUGCACAUGAGCGUCCACACAGGUGAGAAGCCAUACCCAUGUAAGACUUGUGGGAAAAGAUUUUCUGAAUCGGGCACAUUAAAAAAGCACCUAAGAAUACACACAGAUGAGAAGCCAUAUCCAUGUAACACCUGUGAGAAAGGAUACUAUGAGCCCGGGGCAUUACAAGUGCACAUGAGAUCACACACAGGUGAGAAGCCGUAUCCAUGUGACACAUGUGGAAAAAGAUUUUCUGAGGCGGGCACAUUAAAAAAGCACAUAAGAACACACACAGGUGAGAAGCCGUAUCCAUGUAACACCUGUGGGAAAAGAUUCUCCCAGGUGGGCGCAUUAAACCUGCAUAUGAGAACACACACAGGUGAGAAACCGUACUCAUGUAAAAGCUGUGAGAAAAGAUUCUCUCUGCUGGGAACAUUAAAAAGACACGAGAACAUACACAGGUGAGAAGUUGUAGGAUUACAAAUAUGCCUGUCAUGCCAACUCAUGUUCUUUUGCUGCUGUGAAUAUGAUAGGACACAAGAACACAUGAUGGCAGCACAUGUCAACAAAAACAAUCCAUAAACACAACAAUCAAGCUGAAACUCCUGCAGAAGUGUCUUUGUAAAUGAAUGUAAAAUAUUCUCCAUGUAGAGGAG